UUUGAUUUCUAGCUUAUCUGUUUUACACACUCUCGGCUAGGGUUUUGUCUGCGAAACCCAAUCUAGAGCUUCCAUGGCGACGCAUACCAUUUCUCGCUCCAUUCUUUGCCGACCGGCGAAAUCUCUUUCCCUUCUGUUCACGCGAUCUUUUGCUUCAUCUGCUCCUCUCGUCAAAAUUCCGGCGUCUUCUCUUUACACGUCGUCUCUGCUCAGCCGUUCCCGUCCUCUCGUCGCCGCUUUUUCCUCCGUUUUCCGUGGCGGCCUUGUGUCUGUUAAAGGUCUCUCAACGCAGGCUACGUCGUCUUCUCUGAACGAUCCGAACCCCAACUGGUCGAACAGGCCACCUAAGGAGACGAUCCUGCUCGAUGGAUGCGAUUUCGAGCACUGGCUUGUCGUCGUGAAUCCACCGGAGGGUGAUCCUACUAGAGACGAUAUCAUUGAUAGUUACAUCAAAACCCUAGCUCAGAUUGUUGGCAGUGAAGACGAAGCUAGGAUGAAGAUCUACUCG